ACUUGAUUCACUGUGAGGAGGACCUCUCCAUGACUAACAUUGCUAGUAAAAUUGUCUAUGGUGGACAAACAGGCUCUGGCUUUGAGAAUACAGAGACAGAGUGUCAAAAAGUUUCUUAUAAUCAAAAAGUGAAGCAAGAUUUGAAACAGGAGCUAUCCUUCACUGAAGUUAGUGAUGAUAAGAUUAAUAAGGCAUUUGAUAUUCAAAUUCCUGAACUCUUUUUAGAAGCAAUUCUGAUGGGAUCUA